AUGUCCCAAACUUUAGAUGCUUUCUCUAGAAGCAUAGUGUUAACAACCAUACCUUUAGAAGAUUUGAAGUUCGUUUAUUCAGUACCAUAAAUAGUUGAUCCUGAUCCAAUCACCUGCAUCGUCGAGCCUACCCAUGAGGAGGGGGGAAUAUAUGUAGGAGGUUAUGAGGGAGCAAAGGAUGUUGACAUGCUUAAGAGAUUAAAGAUUAGGGCUGUAUUAACGGCAAGUCAGGAGACAGCAGUUCAAUAUAGUGAUUUGGUGGUUUAAUUUCAUCAUGUAGUAGAAGCACAUGAUAAGGAUGAUUAUAAUAUAUUGCAAUUUGCAGAUUAGACAUUCGACUUUAUUGAGCGUCAUAGGAAACACACCAAUAUCCUGGUUCAUUGUUUUCUGGGAAUCAGCAGAUCUCCCACUAUAGUGGUAGCUUAUUUGAUGAGGAAAUACAAUUUGAAUAUGGAGAAGGCGUUGUGGAAAUUGAAAUCCAAGAGAAGACAGGUGAAUCCAAAUACAGGAUUCUUGAAAUAGCUACUAAACUAUGAGAAAUUACUUUAAUAAUCACAACAAUAAUAAUAACAGCAAUAAUAAUAAUAAUAACAACAACAACAAUAUUAAUAAUCAUAAGCUAAACCGAAAAGCAUUUUUAAGAUGGUUAGACAACAGGCUAUUCCUCAGACUUAGAUGCUUCCUCAGAGUCGCAUAUUGCCAAUGGACAGCAGAUUAAUAAUGCAGAAAUAGCCAUCAUAGUUUAUGCAGCCUACUUAUUAUAAAUGA